GCACCCAGAGGGAACGGUCUCAUGACAACAAUUUCGCUAAUCACCUGCCUUGUGCUGGGUGCACUCUCAGACAGACAGACACACCCUCACUCUCUGUCAUACCGAGACCUAAGCGAUACAGCAACUUUAGGAAAUAUAUUCUGCUGAAUAUACAUAUUUGUGCAGUGGCUACUUCUUGAUAAAGUGUGUAAGCGCACAGAAAAAUGUUUCCUAUAUUUUGGAUCCUCCUCCUUCUCCCUCUGGUCUCCGCCCAGACAUACCACUGGGGUCGAUGCCCCACCCCCAGCGUCCAGCCCAACUUCAACCUGCAGCAGUUCCUGGGCACGUGGUAUGAGAUAGCGAAACUUCCAGCAUCCUUUGAGAGAGGGAAGUGCAUCCAGGCCGAUUACUCUCUGAGGGAAGACGGCACCAUCAGAGUCCUCAACUCCCAGUUCUAUAAAGGUAAGGUGCGGACUCUGGAGGGGACAGCAGUGGUCAAAGACCCAAACAACCCAGCCAAACUGGGAGUCAGCUUCUCCUACUUCACUCCCUACAGUCCGUACUGGGUGGUGAGUACUGACUAUGUGAGUGGAGCGGUGGUGUACAGCUGUACUGACGUGUUAAGGAUUUUCCAUGUGGACUACGCCUGGAUCCUGGGACGCUCCCGCUUCCUGCCCGCUGAGAAAGUAGAGCAUGCCAGGCAGCUGCUGGCUAAAGAAAACAUUGACACCUUCAAGAUGAGUGUUACCGACCAAACGGGUUGCGACUAGAUGGAGGUUCAGAGGUCAGCGGUUAGGGUUUGUAGGGUCAAAGGGUUAUUUAUGUCCAAUUACCUUGCCCUAAUGCCAUAGACACUUCUCCCCUACUCCCAAUGCCCUAUCCCCAUGUCAUUUCAGCCCCACCUCUAUAGAUACAGACAGAAAUACAACGACUAUCAAAUACUAGACCUAGUAUCCACCUCUAGUGUCUAAUAGUUUAUAUACACUGACAAAACAGUUGGUCUUAUAAUCUUACCAUCAAACAUAUUACUACCUACCAUCUCAUUUCGACUAUCUAUCACAUGUAUUUUAUAUUUAGAGACUUUAUGAUCUGUAGUUGGAGAUCUGUUAGUUUAUAAAUGUGGUUUGAUUGAUUAAAUGUCUAGCUACACAACGAUGGGGAUGGUUGCUUCAUGGGAUGAAUAGAAUGCUGACAGCAUGAGUCAGUUAUCUGGCCUCAAACUGAAGACAUGGGGUUUCUGUAUAUUAUGAAUUAAAGUUUCAUUUUGAAAUCA